CAGCCUCCCCGGCGCUCCAUUCCGCCUUUUGGCGGCGACCCCGCUCCCUCCUCCCCUUCGCCCUCCCCUUCCCACGUGCCCUCCCCAACCCCGGGGCAGGUGAGGCUGGCCAAUCAGAGGGGGCGGCCCGGCAGGUACUCGGCUUAUCUGGACGGCUCGCCCAGGAGCGCGCCCACUGCGCACCGGGUGGAUGGGGCGGGCGGAGGGAGCGGCGGGGGUGAGUGCGCGUCGUGGGGACGGGCGCGAGUGUCCGUGCCGCCGCUGCCGCUGCCGCCUCCUCCUUUUCCCCGGAGCCGCCCUUGCCUGGCCCAGCCCGCCUGGCUCUCGCUGGCAGCCGGGCCGUCGGGAGGCUCCCCCGCCGGCUGCUGCUGCCGCCGCUGGAUCCGCUCGUUCGCCCGGCGCGACCGUCGUGGCGCCCUCCUGCCCCCACGCCCGGGGCGCCCCGUGCACACGCGCGCUCGCCCCGUCGGGCGCCAUGUUCCAGCCAGGGGCGACGGCUGCCAAGCGCUGCUUCACCAUCGAGUCCCUGGUGGGCAAGGACAGCCACCCGCUGGGCGAAGAGCCCCUCCGGCCGGCCGCCGCCGCCUCCCUGGGCUACCCGGCCAGCGCCGCCGUCGAGGCCUUCGCGCACGGCUUCCAGGGCUCGGCAGCCGCCGCCGGGCGCUCUCUCUACAGCAGCCCGGAGCUGCUCUUCCCCGAGGCCGUGAGCCACCCGCCCGCCCUGGCCGUCCACCCGCCCCAGCUGGCCGCCUCGCACCUCCCGCCCUCGCCGCACCCCUUCUUCGGCGCCCAGCCCCGAGACCCGCUCAACUUCUACCCCUGGGUGCUCCGCAACCGCUUCUUCGGGCAUCGCUUCCAAGGUGGCGAAGUGUCCCAGGAGAGCCUGCUCUUACACGGCCCCUUUGCCAGGAAGCCCAAGAGGAUCCGCACGGCCUUCUCGCCCUCGCAGCUCCUGCGACUGGAGCGGGCCUUUGAGAAGAACCACUAUGUGGUGGGGGCAGAGCGCAAGCAGCUGGCCAGCAGCCUCAGCCUCUCAGAGACCCAGGUGAAGGUCUGGUUCCAGAACAGGAGGACCAAAUACAAGAGGCAGAAGUUGGAAGAGGAAGGCCCAGAGUCGGACCAGAAGAAGAAAGGCUCCCACCACAUCAACCGAUGGCGGAUCGCCACCAAGCAAUCCAACGGAGAAGACAUUGACGUCACGUCCAACGACUAGGAGGGAGGUGGGAGGAGGCUGCUGGCAAGACAGUUCGCGGACAGGACCGCGUGGGAAGGGGGGGAACCGACUCUGGAGACUGAGCCAGGACAGGGCAGCCUCCCACUGCCACGCGUGGGCUGUCCUCCGUGGGGGAACGCGCUUCGCCUCAGAGCCCCCUUCUCCCUGGGGCUCCCGCCAGCCCUCCAGCCCACGGGGCCGCCUGUGGGGAUAGGGAAUGCACUUGAUGGCCAAGGAUGGCCGAGGUGGGAGACUGUAUCGGCUCCAGGAAAAGGAAGGGCUUAGCCGCCUGCUCCAGCAAGGAAGUCCCCCGUCAGCCAUAUGAGCAAAUAAACACGUCCACCAAGACCCAUGCCCUCCACACUCCUCCUGUCUUUGUUGGGCUUCGGUUGGGUUGACUAUUAUUUUUCUAAUGGCAGCAAACCCAUUUUCUCUUUAAUUUAUUCUUCAGUGUCUCUGCGUUUGGUGUGUGCAUAUCCCCUGUGUCGUAGAUAGCAACAGAUGUAGUGUGUGUUACUGUGCGGUAAUAAAAACAACAUGGGUUUGAAA